UCUAUGUAACCAAAAUCUCGCGAUCACACUUGCAUCACGCUUACCGACACUUCUCAGUGGCUCACAGCAAACAUCACAUAACAGCCUUCCCUUACUUAUAGAUCGCUAUGCUUGAAACAUGGACCCAGUUUCGUGUUGGAAGGAAAACAACUUUUUCGACAGCCUGAUCAACUUACGUGUUAGACUACAGCAGUACACUGACAGUGUGUUAAAACGUGAGGUUCAUGGUGAUCCGGACCAGAGCCAAUAUUGUGGAUGAGAUGGCUGUUUCCAUAGAAACAGGACUCCACGACUAUCUCUCAAAGAGAUAUGUCCAGAUCGUGAUGAAACAAAGAUCAGAGGACGCCUUUGACGCCGUGCUGCACGUGACCCCUGUCAAUAAAGUGGACAAACUGUUGACCAAGCUGGGCGACGAGGGGUUCGGGGAGGGACCGAGUGCCAGCCAAGUCCUCAGCAUCUCUGAGGGCGACACCGUCGAGGUCACAUUUCGCGGCAACAUCACCUCCAGCGACGACCGACCUCUCGAGGUCCAGUUUAACUCCAAUGUGUCGUCACACGUGCAGUUCACACUGACGGAGGUGGACAAGUACCUUCAGAAGAACUUCCCCGUGUAUAGGGGCGUAGUGCAGGUGUACCGGAAGUACACGGUUGUUCCGGCGGAAGUCCGGUCCAUCACGCGGAAGGUUUCUGACGACGAAGCGAAACAGGGACCGGAAGUGAAGAGGGAUCUGCUGUGCGAGCUGCUGAUAAGCAUUCCGAAGUACCACAUUGAGCCGUGUCCAGUGCCAGUCAAAGCUCCAAUCACAAUCCACAACACACGUGACCCAGUGAACGAGGACUACAUGCACAGCCUGGCGGCAGAGUUGGGCGAGGAGUGGCGGAAGGUGGCGCACUAUCUGAACGUGCAGCGCGUGCGGAUCCAGGCAAUACUGCGCCACAUGCAGCUCGGGGAGAGGUCGGACGCGGACGCCAAGUUCGACAUGCUGAUGACGUGGCUGAAGAGAGCGCCAAAGUCGAGUGACAAGGUGGCCAUAUUGUCAACGGCGUUGAUCAAGAGCGGAAGGGAGGACCUGUCAGAACAGAUCCGCACCCGCCAGAGGGAGUACCGGGAACAACAGAUUGGAAGCCGCUGAUUGGUCGGCUCCGUGACGUCAUACAUAACAACGCCCACGCACUCGGAAGAACCAAUCACAGCACCAUUUAUUCAUGCGGGACUGGAAGAUGAUAUAAUUGACACCAUUGUGACAAGCUACACAUAUACUCUUAUUUAUAUUUUGCUUAUAGUUCCACAGACUGUAUGUCAACAGAAUCACCGGAUCCUGUUUAGGACACCGGAUCCUGUUUAGGACACCUGGUGGUCAGC